CCAAAAAAAAAAAGAGGAUUGGAAAGAAUAAAACUAGCAGGAGUUGCAGGCUCCCACACAACUUUGUAUUGAGAACUGAGAAAUUUUGUAUGUGUUUUCUACUGAGAUUUCGCUGCUUGUUGGAAGUUACAGAGAAUUAUUUUAAUUUCAUAUCGGAUUUCUAAUCUAGAGCAGCUUUUUAACUAGGCUGAGAAUUAGAAUAAUUUCUGCCAGUAGAGAGGAAGAAUUAAAUAAGCUUUCCAAGUCACUUUUGCAUGUUUGCUUUUUGUUUUAAAGGUAUAGUCCCUGCCACUUACUCUGACUUGGAGUGGUGCAAUGACAGGGAGGUUUGUGUUUUCUUUUUUUUCCUUUUUAGAAAAGAGGCUUGGGAGGAUUCUUCUCUCUUACCCCUUUGCAGUGUAACUUCAAGUUUUGGAUUAGUGAGACACUAUCCCUGAACAAAAGCUUAACACUUGAGAAGGGAAGGUGUUGAGAAUACUAAUCUUUAACAGUCUUCUAGUACAAAUAGAUGAGAAGACCUACCGUAUUCACACGGUGAGUUUUGAGGCCGGGCCCUAAGGAGCUUCCUUUUGGCUCUCUUGUUUUCCAACCAGACAUUAGGUCAGAGAGAAGGCAGAACUUUUUGUUCUUUGAAGUAAAAUGUAAUAUUUUCUCGUUUCCUUUUUGGUUUCUUUAUUUGCUAUAAAGACCCCUCUACCCAACAGGAAAAUUGCAUGCCUCUGCAGACCUGCCUUCUCCACACUUGGCUGAAGGUCACCCUGAAAGUUAGCAAUAAUCUGCAUCAGAAUUCGGUGAAGUUGAGCUGAAGCAGACUGCCAGCGUGAACUUCUGCAAAAGUCUGCCAGGAAAUCACUGUGAAGAGAGAGGCUUCCUGACCUUGUUCUUGCUACCAAAAGUGUUGGUGAAGAGACCCUAGGGUCCCGCUUUUCUACGUGCCUUUUUGAAUAUCCCUGUCAUAAAGAUGUCUCACGAUCACCACAUGAACGGCUCCAUGUUGCCAACCAUGCAUCCUCCUGAACAUCACCACUCAAUGGCAGUCCCAGGACAUGGUCAUGGAUCUGACAUGAUGAUGAUGGCAAUGACUUUCCACUUCAGCUAUGAGAAUGUGCCAUUGCUGUUUUCUGGACUCGUAAUCAAUACUCCUGGAGAAAUGGCUGGUGCUUUUGUGGCUGUCUUCUUCCUGGCCAUGUUUUAUGAAGGCCUUAAGAUUGCCCGAGAGUGUCUGCUCCGUAAAUCCCAAGUCAGCAUUCGCUACAACUCCAUGCCAGUGCCAGGUCCCAAUGGCACUAUCUUGAUGGAGACGCACAAAACUGUUGGACAGCAGAUGCUGAGCUUCCCUCACCUCCUGCAGACUGUACUGCACAUCAUUCAAGUCGUGGUCAGUUACUUCCUCAUGCUGAUCUUCAUGACGUACAACGGAUACCUCUGCAUAGCUGUGGCGGCAGGGGCAGGGAUGGGCUAUUUCUUCUUCAGCUGGAAAAAGGCGGUUGUUGUGGAUAUCACGGAGCACUGCCAUUAACACCGGAUGCUGCCCAGAAGCCUCUCCACCCCACUGCUCUCUUGAAAUGCAGCAAUCACAAGGACUGGAUCGUUCCUAAGCUGAAAGAGAAACAAUCUAAAGAAAAUCAACUGGAGUUCACCACAAAUUCCUAGCUGGGGUGUAGGGAUGUGAGGAUCUGGGAUAUGCUGCUCCCCCUUGCUGCAGGCUGGCAGCAGGGUUGACUCUUGAGGGUCCCGUGGUAGCCAUUCUUGGCUAGGAUUUGCUUUAUUCUUAGAUUAUGCCAUGAUUGAAAUUAGUUGGCUGACAGAAAUGUAGAAAAUAUUCUUUUUAAAAAAAAAAAAAUUUAAAUUUAAAAGCUCAUCUGUGAGGGUUUUAUGAACCGUGGGUAAAGAUCAAAGUUGCCAAUGGAGCCCACAUGUGUGAAUGGCUAUUUUAAUUUUACUUUUUUUCAAUAUGUACAUAAUGCCAAGGGAGGAGAUCUCCCUGGCAUUGUAGCUUUUGGGGCCAAUGACACCUUCUGUUGCAGAAGGACUCAGCCUCUGAGGAAGAUUUGGUGCUGCACGUCAGACAAGCUCAGGCGUGUCCUGGCAAGGGAGUACUUUGACAUAAGUAUGUGACUCAUGCUUCAGGGGGGUCUAGAUGAGUCCAUCCUCCAAGUCCAUCAGAGUAUGAUGACUGUUGUUAAUCUUCUGAUGUAACCAGCAGCUUUACACAGCUUCAAGUGGUAACAUAUGGUUUGGCUGCUUCCACUUCCCAAUCGUGGAAAUACACAGAGUAGAUGCAGGACGACAAUUGCGUAUUUACAGGGCAAAAAGAUUUUAAAUAAACCAUUGAACCCGCAUUUACUUCACGUUGAAUUGCACCUGGAUGGAUCUAGAGCUAGGCUUUUGGUUUACUAAAACUAGUUCUGUAAAUGAGACAAGAGCUAAAUAAUGAUUUCAUGACACUAAAGGUUAAAAUGUCUGAAGAGGGCAUUCCUUGAUUGAGAUGAAGGAAGUAAACCAAUAGUGUUCCUGUAAAGGAGAGAUUUGGGGAAGAGAAGAAAGGAAAGAUAGGACUACAGCAGCCUUCAGUCUCUUCUCAGGUGAAAUUUGGAGCAGCUUGAGCUGAUUAAAAAACUAUUCCUGACCCAGAUGACUCCUCUUUGUCUUAAUAAUCACGCUGUGACCAUGUUAGCUUGGAGGUGCAAGAGUUAUCAGUGCCAGCGGUGGACGAGUGUUGUAGCGCAGUAAAGAACUUCCCGUUCAGUGCCGUGAGCUCCACACGUUUCACAGGCAAGACAGGCUGUGACACGGGCAAGAACAGCUUACUGCAUGCGUGAUGCCCAGAACAUGCUCUGGGUUUUCUAGGGAGCAGUUUUGGUUUGGCACUUCGUUAUUAAACUGCUUCUUGCUGUAGGGAAUGUUGUGCAGAGUAUGGUGCAAAGCUGGAGUCUUCAUUCUACUCAGGGUGCCCAAUUUGUGCCAGUAACUGGCUGAAAGGGAAGACAGUGGGAUUUUCAGAAGGGCAGUGAAAAACAGGCACCACUUUCAGACCGGGACUGAUGUCUGGGAUGUGCCAUGAGAACAGGGAAUCCUUUUGAGAUGAAAGUAUCUGGGCACAUGCAGUAGCAGUCUUUUCUCCGAAGAUGCUACUAGUCGCACUGUUAGCAGUAGCUGUGUAAGGAAAGCUGAUCUUUGAAGAGGAAUUACAUUUCUUUAGCCCGUAAGCCUUACAGGGCGAGGCCCAUCCCUGUGUAUGUGGGUUCCUCGCUGUGCUGAUGCUACUACAUCAGCACAGAGCCCACCCUUGCCCUACCACCCUCUUUGAAAGGCAGCGGGAAAUCUGUUGCUGCCGCUACCAGGAUCUCUAAUUGCACUACUAAAGUCAACCGUCCUGGGUUGAUGCCAGGUAUUUAUUUGGACAUCUUGUUUUCUUUGGGCAGUGCAAAUACAGAAUAAAAGGAGAUGAGUUAAAAGCAGGCUCAGGUUUCUAAAGAGCUGCUUUCUGUAGCAAAUUUGCAUCUGGAUGAAAGAGGCAAAGUUAUUUUCAUGGAAAAAUUCUGGUCACCUCCCGAUGAGAGAUAGGAAAAGCUCUUCCCCAGUCUGAUCUUUGAAGGGAGUUAUGUCUGCAACGGUCUGCAGAAGGACAUACUGGUGCCCUCUCUCUGCAUCUAUCAUGACGGUAAAAAUCUCUGUGCCCUCUAAGCAAUCAGGCCUCUCUGUGAGAGUGGAAAACAGACCCUUCCAACGCCUGUGUGAGAGCUGUGAGGAAAUCGUAGUGCUUGUCAGAGAAAAUGGAAGCAGUUAAGUGCUGGAGAUGGUUGUUUAUGUUUUGAAAGCUUUACACUUCAGGGGCUUGAUCCCUGAAGUUCAGAGCCGACAUUGCCGACACCGCUCUGAUUGGUUUCUCUUGAACGAGAUGGAGUUGUUGCUGUUGCAGGGAUGUCUGAUUAUAGGGUAUAGUCACGAGUGGCUUUGU